GUCAGCGCCUCGGAGGUCUCUGGGGCACCGAGAGAGAUGGCUCUGUUCUUGUGGACGAGAGGGAAUGCGCCAGAAAGAGAGAGAUGGCUCCAGGGACCCUGAUAGCUAAUGUCAGAAGAAAGUGACUCUCUGAGAACCAGUCCCUCUGUGGCCUCACUCUCCGAAAAUGAGCUGCCGCUGCCUCCGCCGGAACCUCCCGGCUAUGUGUGCUCGCUGACAGAAGACUUGGUCACCAAAGCCAGGGAAGAGCUUCAGGAGAAGCCGGAAUGGAGGCUCCGGGAUGUGCAGGCCCUUCGAGACAUGGUGCGGAAGGAGUACCCAUACCUGAGCACAUCGCUGGAUGACGCCUUCCUGCUGCGCUUUCUGAGAGCCCGAAAGUUCGAUUAUGACCGGGCCCUGCAGCUGCUGGUCAACUACCAUGGCUGCAGGCGGAGCUGGCCAGAAGUCUUCAACAACCUGAGGCCGUCAGCCCUGAAAGACGUUCUCAACUCAGGAUUCCUCACAGUGCUGCCCCACACGGACCCCAGGGGCUGCCAUGUCCUCUGCAUCCGACCAGACAGAUGGAUACCAAGCAACUACCCAAUUACCGAGAACAUCCGAGCCGUGUACUUGACGUUAGAGAAGCUUAUUCAGUCGGAGGAGACCCAGGUGAACGGGAUUGUGAUCCUGGCCGACUACAAGGGAGUGAGCUUAUCAAAAGCAUCUCACUUUGGGCCUUUCAUAGCCAAAAAGGUGAUUGGCAUCCUUCAGGAUGGCUUCCCCAUCCGGAUAAAAGCAGUUCACAUAGUGAAUGAGCCUCGGAUAUUUAAGGGCAUUUUCGCCAUCAUAAAACCAUUUCUGAAGGAGAAAAUUGCAAACAGGUUCUUCCUUCAUGGGUCUGACCUGAGCUCUCUCCACACAAACCUUCCAAGGAACAUCCUCCCCAAGGAAUACGGGGGCACAGAUGGAGAGCUGGACACUGCUUCCUGGAACGCAGUGCUGUUGGCUUCCGAGGAUGACUUUGUGAAAGAGUUCUGCCAGCCUGUGCCUGCCUGCGACAGUCUCCUGGGCCAGCCCCUGCUCCCUGAGGGGCUGAUCUCAGAUGCGCAGUGUGAAGACUCUAUGCGAGCCGUGAAGUCCCAGGUCUACUCCUGCUAUUAGCCCUCUUCUGGGAGAGUCACCAUGUGUAAUUCCUUCCUUCCUUAGAUGCACAGGCUGAAGAUGCCAGGACCUCGGUCUUGCUCUGUCACUGCGCAGCAGAGCUGCCUGUAGAGAUUUAAGGAGCGCCCAUCACAGGCAGACCUUUGACUACCUGGGUUGUCCCAGGGAAGACAUGGAAAUUGCCCUGGCUAUUCUCAGAUGUUAUGUUUGCAACUGUUACUCUGGAAGCUAUAUCUAUCUGUUUCUUAUGCAUCUGGGAAAGAACUAGAGUCAAAGUCGCUUUGAAGUGAUCAAGAGAAGACAACUUGACUGAUCACAACUCUGAAACAACUGCCAAUCUUGAAAGGAGGCCACCGUGAGACUGUUGAGUCUCUUUCCCAUACCCCCUAGGUAUUGACCUCUUGCUCAUCAGCAAAGUUCAAGGUUCAGGCCACAGUGUCAUUCAUUGUUGGGCCUGAAGCACUGGGUGUAAAAACCCCAGGCCCAGGCAGUACUUUACAGAUCAAAUUGAAGCCAGAGACUUCAAAGCAUCCCUGGGAUUCCAGGGUUAAAUCUUGCAAUAGAAAUUUUUCCCAAACCCAUAAAGCCUUAGCUCUGGUUCUCCAUGGAAUCCUGCAGGCCAACAUAAAAUACUGAACUCUAGGACUGCGUGGCUAAAAGCAUUUGGACUAGGAGUCAGGUCUUGUGACUGGAUAAGACAUGGGCCUCAGCUUGUCAUCUCUGAGGCUACGUAGAAUGAGGGCCUUUGAGGCUGCUGAAGUUCUGUUAGGUUUCUGCUUGGACAGAUGACCACCUAGAGGUGACUGGGUCUUUUUGUUUUGUUGUAGUAUGUAUACAAGCCUUAUGUAAAGGAAUAUCACCAUUUGGCCCUUACUUUAAAGAAAUUAGCAUGUUCCUGCGAGUUGGUGGUAACCAACUGCCUUUGCAGGAUGAUGGGUAAACUUGAAAGGGAUGGCUUUGGUAAGGCCAACCAGAUCUUAUAUAAACUCCUUCUACACUGGAGACACACAUACUAUAUUAGAUACAGCCGCAGUAGUUGCCAGAUUUGGGCUGUUUUAGUUUUUGUCCCUGGAAACAUACAGGGGCAGGCAAUUGCUGGUUUACCUGGGGUCCCUGCCCUCCCAGAUAUACUGGAGUGUUUGUCUAAUGUGGGAGGACCAGGUGGCCAGAAUGUUAGCUCUGUGUUUGGGUAUUUUAGACACCUAACAAGAUUUUAGCUUAACUCAAGCUUACUGGGUGAGGUGAUUUAUCUCCUGGCUUUUGACUUGUUCCCUUUGGUACUCACUGUGUAUGACUGUGUCAGGCAGUGUCAGGUUCCAUUGGCUGUACAUCUCCUAGACUAAGCGGGCACUGCAUACAACUUACACAGUGCUUGGGGAUCAAAGGUCGGUCAGUCGGUUGUUACUAAGCUGUUCCACCCUUAACAUUUCCCAAAAUGUCUACAGAAGCUCUUUAUGGAAACUUAACCUCAAUAAUGCCAAUUCUAGGAGACACUCUUUUCACCAGAUAUUGUUCUUUUAGGUCCUGACUGAACUUAAGCGCCAGUACACCCCCUCUUGACUGCCCAUUGAGACCAUUUGCUGCGAGUUUCUGCUAUUUGGUUUAGCUCCUGGCAACUUAGACACCUGAAAAGACCCAUGAUGGCUCCCAGCAGCCUUGGUGGGAGAGUCUUAUUAAAACCUUUCUUAGAGAAGGCAGAAGGAAAAAAACAAAGGCAAAGAUGAACCCCUCAGUCCCACUAGGUUCCCUGAAUUUGUGUCUAGUUCUUUGUAACUGUGACCUUUGUAACUAGCUCUUUGUCUCCUUGACUUAACAAAGGGAUAACUAGGCUCUUGGGGAAAAGUCUCAGAACAGAAAUGUGGCCUGUUUGCCAGGCCUCUCUGGUUAGGCCAAAAGGGAGCCAUUCCAUCAAGCCUCUGAGGAGGCAGACUCUGCUGGGUCCCCACUGCUGUUUGUGGACUCUAGAGAUCAGUCUUGGUACCUCAGCUUUGAAGCAGGACCACCUGGUGCAAAAUAAAGCAACUCCUCUGUUGAGCAACAGGGGUGCAGCAGGCCUCGCUGAGGGGAGCACACUGGUGGAGCCAGCAAGGGAGCAAGAACCCAGGAGUAUCUGACCUAGGGCAAAGUGCUAGACAUCACACAGAGCUGGUGAUCAACCUCUCCUAAAUCCAAGGUCAUGUGGUAUUGGAAGAGAAAGGGAUCAUCAACACCCUGCAUGCUAGACAGGAGCUUAUAUGCUAAACUCUGAAUCCUGUUCUUAACUGACUCUGCUUGGUGCUGAAAUGUCCUAGUGUAGGAAUAUGGGAGUUUCCUUCUUCCUCAGUCCCCUACAGAUUUCUAGACAAUCCACUUUCCUAGAAAUGUAUAUAUUUUGCCUUCCUGCAGGAAUACAGAUAAAAUCUACAGAAAUAGUCAGAAGCACUGGCUGGUUUCACACCUUGGCUUUCUCCAGGCACAGGUGGAUUUGGACUGUUCACAUUUCAUCCUAGAUUUGUAAGCACCUCAGGUUAUGGGGCAGUUUCUUCAGAGUUGGAGGGACUGGGGCCAUUCCCUCUGAAUCCCUGAAACAGCUUUAUUACCUAGCAGGAAAUUUCAUCCUCGAGAUCAUUCACCUUUCAGUUGGGCAGCAACAGCUCCACUGCGGUUGUGAUGGUAUUAGAAUACCUCAUCAAGGGCUUUCUUAGGACACCUCCUGUAGGAAGGAAAACGCUAACUCAGUUGAUGUGAGUGUAGCUGUGCUGUGGUCCUGUCAGGCUGGAACGCCAGGUACAUGGGCAGUCAGGAGACAUCUUGGUAAGGCUUCUAAAAACUUCAGUCUCUUUACUUUGUAAAUCUGCUUUCUGUUCUCCUGACUCAAAAACGUUCAGCUUCAAAUGCAAGAAGCACCAUCAGAUAUUUCUUCUCAGUGGGAACUUGCUCCACAAGGAAGAUCCAGUGGAAUCUGCAGCUGGAGUCACAUUUACUGGUUUUCAGUUUCCUGGGGUCCGGUGCUUGUGCUUUCAACCUUUUCCCAUGAGGCAGUGUGUGCGCCUCAGCUCCAUGGCAUAUUACACAAGAACCCAAUAGGUAAAAUACUUGAAACUUCUCAGUGGCCAAGGCCUCCGAUACCCUCUCUGAUGGGUGGGAACUGGGCUAUUUUCCUGACCAAUCUAGGCCACCAUAUUAGUCCCCGGUCACAUUCCUUACUUCAAACUGAAAUUCAGUUUGGCUUCGAGUAUAGGCACAUAUCAUGGAUUCAUCUACUUCAGUGUUUUGACCAAAAGUUUAUUUUUCUAGUGCAUUUUUCUAAAUGGUGAAAAUACGUAAUUUUAGUAUGCAUGUCUAGGUCUCUAAAAUAAAAAUCCCUGGAAAGCUG